GAAACAGAGGAGAGAGUUGCUUUUGGGCUGAGGGCUGUGAUUUCCCUUGGUUUCCCACGCCACGCAGCCAGCCUGGCUGUGUCAGGAAACCGCUGGUGUGUCUCUGACUCAUCCAAGGAGUUGCAUUUUGAUGAGUGUGAAACGAUUUGGGGGUACAGACUUCAUAACCAUUUAAUUCUCAGUCACUCUCUGAGGUUCUCCAAGGAAAGGUAAUGUGAGGUCAGUUAUCCCAACGGCGUCACAGAUGCCAAAGAACAUCCUUAAGAGGUAAUCCAGUCCUUCAGAUGGGCUGAGGCGAACAGACAGGAGACAACUGCAGAAAGCGUGGCCCAGAAGUACAGCCCGCCUGGACUCAGGACUCCCGGCUCCAUGCAGACCUGCUCUCUUCAUUCGUUUUGGGUCUCAGCACUUGUGAAAGACAGCCUCGUCUUCCCAGAAACAUUGAUAUCCUGCUCUCUCACUGGACAACAAAAUGCUGCAUGUACCGAAGUCAAAUCAAAGCUGGCUGAGUUUUACUCUGCUGACUGGGUCAUCAGCACUUGACCUACAGGCAGGCAGAGGGCAGAAGACAAGACGCCCCAGAACCAGGAGCCUCCCUGCAGGAGACAAGGCUUUGUGCCCCCAGCAGCCUCAUUUCUCCAGGAGACUGGUGUGUGGCGACACAAUGCGUGUGGUGGUGAUUGGAGCGGGGGUCAUCGGGCUGUCCACUGCCCUCUGCAUCUGUGAGCGCUACCACUCAGUGCUGCAGCAGCUGGACCUGAGGGUCUACGCAGACCGCUUCACCCCACUCACCAACACCGACGUGGCUGCCGGCCUCUGGCAGCCCUAUCUCUCUGGCCCUGACAACCCGCAGGAGGUGGAGUGGAACCAGCAGACCUUCGACUAUCUUCUGAGCCACAUCCAUUCUCCCAACGCUGAGCAAAUGGGCCUGGCCCUGGUCUCAGGCUACAACCUCUUCCGUGAAGCUGUUCCGGACCCUUUCUGGAAAAACAUGGUGCUGGGAUUUCGGAAGUUGACUCCCAGAGAGCUGGAUGUGUUCCCUGAUUACGGCUAUGGCUGGUUCCACACAAGCCUGAUUAUAGAGGGGAAGAGCUACCUGGCGUGGCUGACAGAAAGGUUAACUGAGAGGGGAGUGAAAUUCUUCCAGCGGAAGGUGGAGUCUUUGGAGGAGGUGGCCAGAGGAGGGGCGGAUGUGAUUAUCAACUGCACGGGGGUGUGGGCUGGAGCACUACAGCCAGACCCACUGCUGCAGCCAGGCCGGGGCCAGAUCAUUAAGGUGAAUGCUCCCUGGAUAAAGCACUUCAUCCUCACCCACGAUCCUGAACGUGGCAUCUACAAGUCCCCCUACAUCAUCCCAGGGAUUCAGGAAGUUACUCUUGGAGGCAUCUUCCAGCUGGGGAACUGGAAUGAGAUAAACAGUACCCAGGACCACAACACCAUUUGGAAAGGCUGCUGCAGCCUUGAGCCCACAUUGAGGAAUGCAAGAAUUGUUGGUGAAUAUACUGGCUUCCGGCCAGUACGUCCCCAGCUCCGACUGGAAAGGGAACAGCUCCGUGUUGGAUCUGCAAACACUGAGGUCAUCCACAACUACGGCCAUGGAGGCUAUGGGCUCACGAUUCACUGGGGCUGUGCCCUGGAGGCAGCCAAGCUGUUUGGGAAAAUUCUGGAAGAAAAGGAGCUGUACCGGAUGCCACCAUCCCACCUCUGAGAACCCCACAGCAGCUUUUCCACAAGGAUCCCGCGUUCCCCCUUGACAACUAAUCAGUGCUUACCCUUCCCCCUAAUUUUGCUUCUUCCUACAAAUGGGCUUGAAGGGAGAGGAAGCCACCAGGUCCACCCCUGGAGGGACGUCCAGCCCCACCUGCAGCCCCUUGAGGGCUGAAGUCACCCCUCUGUCUCUGGGCCUGACACCGUGAGGAACAGCUGGGACUUUGUCCUCUCCAUCCACGGAGGAGAGGAAAACUCAGAAAAGCAAGGAGGUAGCUGCCCAAAGACACAGAAAUUAAAGACAACUGUUGUUAAGAAACUUGACUGUAAGUCACAGGAACCUAUUAGAGGUUCUGGAAAGUCCUGCAGCAAACAUUACCAGCUGAUGGUUUUUUUUUUUUGUACUGGGGAUCGAGCUUAGGACCUCACGUUGGCCAGGCAGGCCUACGGGACAUUGUUUUACGCAGUCCCUCUCACAUCUACCUUGGUAUGGAAAACGUUUGCUGAGAACAUCUGUGCCAGGGAAUCCACGUGAGGAAGUGCUGUAGCAGAUGUUUUACAGGGUGUUAGAGGCAGAACUGGGGUGCAGAAGAGGCGAGGCAAGAGGUAAAGUAUUGAACUGGUAAUCUAUGAGGCCUGCUGCACAUCCAGGACCUCAGCUGGCCACAUAGUGCCCUUCCACGGAACCAUUGAGGGGCCACGAGAAGGAUUAGCCCACAAGGAAUCCCAUCCUAAACUAAGCUCACCUGCAUCCUCCUGGUGGAGAUUUCUCAUCUUUCUUUGCCUCUGGCCGGAACCCUCUGGGAUGACAGUCCCCGGUAUUUUCUUUCUCUUAGACCAGCUGUUUAUUUCCCUUCCAUGUGGGACAGCUCACAGACCCAGCACACACAGGGUCAGCACUGUGGGAGGGGAGCACCCCUGCCUCUCCAGGGAGGACUGUCACCGUGUCAUGGGGCGAUGACUUCUGUCUACUGCCCUGCGGGGGACCUUGAGCAACUUCCACUCCUGCUGCUCAGCCAGGGAGAAGCUAGCUACCUGACAGCUCUAAUGGGAGGAAGUGGUGAAAAGAUUGGCCUGGUCCCUACCAUCACGGGGAGGUGUAAAUACUCAAGGAAGGCGCAGUUUGGAUUGGGCCACUGGAGGAGCAGGUGACAGAAGCGUGGGAAAAGGGGCAUCACUGGGCUUCCGAGAUGUUUCCUGGCUUAGCAGGAAGGGCAGCGGAGAUGGACAGUACUAGUGUUGGCACCAAUAAUGUCCACACAUUCAGGUUUGAGGGAAGCACUGCCCACCAGGAAUCCGGCCACAUCAGGUGGCUUGCCGUCUCUUCCCAUGUUGCCCCAGUCACAGAACUUCUGUAAAGGAUCCGGGCCUGUAAAGGAUCUGUGCCAGAGAUGAUCUGAGCCACUGUGUCAGAGAUGUUGGGUUUAAGCCACCCCUAGAGCUUCUUAUGUGGCUCCUGAGCCCACUGGUGUUGCCGUCUUGUUGGUACCAAUGGCCCACACAGGGUCCUAGGCCAACACACCCUCGUUCCAGUUCUCAUAGUUUCUGAGAUGACUUUGGUAACUCAAAAACAACCUUCUCCACAAUGCCGCUCUCCCUCACCUCGAGCUUCUCCCUGAUGCAUUUAAUUACCGAUUACUUCUAGUCUCUCUGCCAGGGUGUGGGUCACCUUCUGUCCAGUUGGCUCAUCUGGUUCCCCAAGAUGUGCCUAGGCAGCGUUCAAGGUGUUGAUGAGUUCCCCCAGGGUGUUCGUCCACCCGUUCAUCUUCCAGCUGCCCCCCCAUGAAGGACUUCCUGGGCGGUGCAUGGUGCUGGAGCCAAGGCACUAAAGGUCAGGAUCAGCCCCUCAGGAAUCGAACUCAUGAGCUCAUGCUUGCUAGGCAGGCACUUGUGCUGCUGAGCUAAAUUCCCUGGUCCAACCCUGCAGGUAUUUUUUAAAGCCUUAAGUGAACUGUAUUAGUCAGGGUUCUCUACGACAGACCCAGUAGGAUGGAUGGAGAGAUGAGGAUAAAUAGAUAGAUAGAUGAUAGAUUGACAGAUGAGAGGUCUAUUAGGGGAGCUGGCUGGCGUGGACGCUGAGAAGUCCUGUGUCAGGCCAUCUGCAGGUAGCCAGCAUGUUUCAGUCUCAGAAAUCGUUAGCACCAAGGAAGCUGAUGUUGUAACUGCCAUCUGAGUCCGACCAUUUCAAGAAACUGGCAUCCCCCUGGUGUCAGCCCUAAAAUUUAAAGGCCAGAGACCCUGGAGUUCUAGCAUCUCAGAGCAGGAGAAGAGGAUCACAGCUCUAGGAGGGGGGCAGUUUUGGCUGGAUAGUGUCUGCUCACACUGUGGGCUGGUCUUCCGCAUGCUUUCCAGAGCCUCCUGUGCUGGCUUUCCCUGGGAAUCCCUCUCACACAUGCCCAGACACAAAACUUUACCAGUUCUUAAUCGAGGCAGACUGAUGCCUGAGGUGAACCAUCAUGAGACCCCUCAGCAGCCUCAGCCUCAUUACCUGCCUCUGCCUCUGAGGCUAAAUGUUCACCUGUCUGAGAUUCUGUGGAAGGCCAGAGCCUAGGCAGCUCCAUGCAUCUGGGACUGGUGAACCCUGUGUGCUGUGAGUAGGCAUCAUUGGCCCACGGGAUGUCAGUCUAUGCUAUGCCCACAGCCCUUCUCGUGUCAUUUCAUCAGAUGGGUUCUUCAUGAAGCAUCUGCCGUGACGCUGGCUGGUCCUAAGCUAAACUGAAAGAGUCAUGGCCUAAGUGUUCUACCCUAACAGUGAUGAUUAUCAAGAUAGCUAAAAUUCACUGCACUCCAAGUACCAGGCUAUGGUCACUUCUGGUGCAUAGUUUUCAUUUAAUCCUCAUAAAAGCCUCCAAGAAAUCACUAUUAUCCCCAUUUCCUAGGUGAGAAGACUGAGGCUUAGAGAGGCAACCCAGUGUUAACAGAUGGCAAAUAGCAGAGUGAAGAUUCAGGCCCUAAAAUUAUCUGAUCUCAGUGCCUUCCUUUAUCUAGUGUGCAACAGGAAAUCCCAAGUUGGGGGAAAUAUACAGUUAUGGAUGAACUAUCUGGCUUCUUAGCUGAUACUGUCUGCAAAUAUAUGGAACAAAAAUUCGCUCUCUCUGUAUGGUCAUUUUUGGCAAAGACUAUGCGCUUCUGACAAGGAUUCCAGGGCAGAAGACACAUCCUGGCUGACCAAGUGAUUUCUUUACCCAAACUAGAAUUGUCCAGGGAAAAGGAUCCCUACUAUUCAAGGACGAUUGUCCACAAGAACAUCAUAGAUUCCAGUGUAUGGAGCCAUGUGAGGAAAUCUAUAUUCAGACCCAAAGUGGUCCUCUUGGAUGUGUGUGUGUGUGUGUGUGUGUGUGUAAGUGAUCAGAGAUAUGCCUUCCUCUUGAUUCUGGCCCAAAAUGCAGAGUAUAAUCCACAUGGAUCUGUGAACUUCACAAUCAUUGGUUUGUUGCUUUCUCUAAGUUGCCCAGACUAGUCUUAAACUUGUGAUCCUCCUGCCUCAGCCAACUGGGCAGUGGGGAUUACAGCUGUAUAUCACUGCCCCAGCAUUUUUGUUCAGUCUGUAAACUGUCAGAGGCUCCCAACUGACAGCCCAUCAAUUGAACCUGGACUGCAUAUGAAUUUUAUUCAGCACACACAUCAUUUAAAAAUUUUUUUUUGAUUCAACAUUCCAAAAAACUUGGAGAUUUCCCACAAAAAUUCAGUCUUGAAAAUCAGAUUGGGUCAUCCUGGACCCACAGUGCACCAAAGUCAGCCCCAGCUCUGCAGUGUUCACCCCUUUGGGUGGGGCCUGCUGCUCUCUUCCUGUUUGCUCUGCUUCUGUUUCUCAUUUUGAUGAUCCAUCCCAAGUAAAACGUCUGUUCCUUGCAACUGAGGCAGCCUUGAUGGGAAACUGGCGGCCUGCACAUCCGGGGCAGUUCCCACUCAAACACUGCUACCCAGUGGCCACUGCCACCCUUCUCCGUGCUACUAAAACCCCCAAAUCUGUAUUCAAGGGGCUGUGGCUACCCCUUGGUCUUGUGGAAUGCAGCCCUUUCCUUCCCCCAAGGCCUAGGGGAUGACUCAUGUUGGCAAAACCCACCUCUUCUAUACAGUUCUCAUUGAGGGCUUGUUAUGGUUGAUACAUUGUGUCAGGUUGAGCAGUUUAGAAGUUUAACUGAGAGACUCAGCAGGGAACCAACUUCUCACUUUGUAAUUAUCCUCAGCUUGUGCAAAGGAUGGGCUGUGUACAGUAUAAGCCAGGAGAAGAGGCUUGUUUUCUUCCGCUUUGCUCUGACUGCUACUUUGAAGUGCUGCCCCAGUGCCAUGCCACCCUGUCUUGGUGCCAGCUGAUUAGGGACUGAAACCUCCACAAACAGUGAGCUAAAUAAACCUUUCCUACCUUCA